CGUCUGGCGCCCUGGCCUACUUCCGGUAGGAUCGAGGUACUAGGCGGCUGAGGCGGUGCGGGGCUGGCGUUGUCUCCUGAGCUUUUCCAGGCGUGAGGAGCGAUGGCAGCGGCUUUUCGGAAGGCGGCUAAGUCCCGGCAGCGAGAACACCGAGAGCGAAGCCAGCCUGGCUUUCGAAAACAUCUGGGCCUGCUGGAAAAAAAGAAAGAUUACAAACUUCGUGCAGAUGACUACCGGAAAAAGCAAGAGUACCUCAGAGCUCUCCGGAAGAAGGCUCUUGAAAAAAAUCCAGAUGAAUUCUACUAUAAAAUGACUCGGGUUAAACUCCAGGAUGGAGUUCACGUUAUUAAGGAGACUAAGGAAGAAGUAACUCCAGAACAGCUGAAACUGAUGAAAACCCAGGAUGUCAAAUACAUAGAAAUGAAAAGGGUUGCAGAAGCUAAGAAAAUUGAAAGACUGAAAUCAGAGCUCCAUCUGCUGGAUUUCCAGGGAAAGCAACAGAAUAAGCAUGUGUUUUUUUUUGACACCAAAAAGGAAGUUGAACAGUUUGAUAUUGCCACUCACCUGCGAACAGCCCCGGAACUUGUUGACAGAGUCUUUAAUAGACCCACAAUAGAGACCUUGCAGAAGGAGAAAGUGAAGGGUGUUACCCAGCAGACUCGACUUAAGCGGAUAGCUAAAGAAAGGCAAAAGCAGUAUAACUGCCUGACACAGCGGAUUGAACGCGAGAAGAAAUUGUUUGUUAUUGCACAGAAAAUUCAAACACGCAAAGAUCUUCUGGACAAAACUCAGAAGGUGAAGGUGAAGAAAGAAACAGUGAACUCCCCAGCUAUUUACAAAUUUCAGAGUCGUCGAAAACGUUGAAGUGGUACAGAUGAGCUUUGUCAUUCCAUACAGAAGAGAAUUCCUUUUUUUUUCCCUGAGUAACUUCACAUUCCAUUAGCCUGAAUGACAUGAUUUUUCCUGUUUGUAAUUUUAUUAUAGAUCUGACAUGUGAUAUUUUUCUGUGGACACCGUUAAAGCCCCUUCCCAUGUCUUACUGUUUUGAGGGUUGUGAAAUCAGCCUUAGUUUUAUAUUCCUAUAUAUUUUUUUCCUUAUGAAAGUUAUAUAAUCUUAUUACUGCAAAUUUGGGAAAUAAACGAAUUCUUCCCUAAUCCCAGUACUAAUUGAGGAACAAUAAAUAGUUAUUAGUGCUAGCAGCUAGGGCAAUGAAAGUGAACAAAACUGUGAGCAUUCUGGUUUAUUUCCUCCAUUCUUUUUUUUUUUUUUUAAGUUAUUUAUUUUGAGAGAGCAUGAGUGGGGGCAGGAGAGAGGGAGAGAGAGAAUCCCAAGCAGGCUCUGUGCUGACAGCAAACUGUGAGAUCAUGAGCUGAGAUCAAGAGUUGGAUGCUCAACUGGCUGAGCCACCUAGGCGCCCCUAUUUCCUCCAUUCUAUAAAGGUGUGUACUGGUUUUUAAUUACGUUUUUGUGUUUUGUAGUUGUAAUUACAGUAAACAAUUUUACAUCUUUUUUCACUUCAA